AUGUCCUCUUCGCAUCAAAUUCAAUCUCCAGAACCCCAAUCCCAGUCUCAAUUUCAAGGCUCUUUGUUUACUUCCAUUGAAGAGCCUCCCAUCGACGUGAACUAUUUCUUCCGCGGUGCCAAACACCACAUAACGUCGGCCCUCCAUAGCCUACAAGAAGACCUCGCAAACGGGUUCGUCGAGAGAUCGAGACUUCGAGAGGCUAGUCUUCAGAAUCUCGAGCAGGCCGACCAAAUUCGAAAACUCAGUGAAGAGAAUGAGAAGUAUCGUCAAGCAAUCUUUCGACAGAUACCACCUUCAGAUAUCAGUGACAGAUCUCUUGCAGAUGAUUUCGCGGGGAUCUAUCGCUUGACAAUCCAAAAAUGGAAGUCCGACGCGAUGAGAGCGUAUUCAUCUUCUCAGAGCUACAAAGAGAAGGUCAUUGAGCAGUGCCAUGCACUCACAAACGAAAUACAGGCAAUGCUCAAUAUCGCCGGGUUAUCUCAUGAUAUGCUUCCACCAAACACGCUUCGCAAAUUUUGCGAGCGACAUGUGAUGGUUUUGGCGGAACUCUGCACCAUAAUUCAGUGUUGCGCGGAAACGUUUAGCUGGGAUUGGAAUUUGGAAUCAAGUUCUCUGCAACUGCAGGACUUGCAGGCUUUCGAUGUCAUUGACCUGAGGACGCAUCGCAUGAUUCGGGAAGGAGAGAUUCGGCCUCUGCCGAAUGAUGCUACGAUUGGCGAGUGUAUUUUCACUAUCUAUCCGGGUCUGCAUAAAGUGCAGGAGAGAUCAAAUGGGGAGGUAUUCAGGAUCAUCGUUACUAGAGGCACCCUGCUUGGGAAGAUAGGUGAUGGUAUUUCUCUGUCUCACAAGAAAGCAAAACCCUACUCUUCUUCGGAAGGAAUGGUAGUGAGAGAGAAUCGGAUGAGCAUUGGCGACAUGGUCACGGGGAGUGCAAGGGUGAAACAAGAGACGGCGCAAUCGGACGAUGAAUGA